AUGUCCGAACAGAUGCUGGAGCAGGUGCGCGAGGCGGUCGAGGGCCAGAUUGACUUUGAGGGCCAGCGACUGGCGGAGAUGCUGACGACGGUGUUGCUCGGUGCAGCAGGUAUCAUUGCCUUCCUCGUUGGCUUCGCGCAGCAGGACAUCAAGCUCGCGCUCUACAUUGGCCUCGCCGGCACCGCCCUCACCUUCCUCGUCGUCGUCCCACCGUGGCCCUUCUACAACAAGAACCCCGAGGACUGGCUGCCGGCGCACAACGCCUCGGCCUCGAGCUACAGCAUCGACGUGGACGGCCAGAAGGUUGGAUAG